UUGCGUGCGAUGCCCGUUGCGCUCUCAGAUACUUUUUGCCAGUUGAGCCGAGUACGUGAACGUGUCUGGACGUUGUUUUUAUGGGCAAGCGUUGUGGAGAGCCAGCGAAAUUGAAACCAAAACCGAAACCGAAACACAAAACCGUUACCGAAUUCACAACCAAAAACAAAACGAAAAAACUCAAAACUGCAACCGUUAGCCGUUAACUAAUACAAUUUGCAUUUAAUAGUUGUGCGUUUAGUGAGUGCAACGCGCGCGUGCAAAAAUUCUGCUCCAGUUCGCCCUCCCCCUCGCACACACACACACACACACACACACAUACGCUCAGGCCUCUCUGCCCGCUGCAGCCGCUGCUGUGCCUAGUGAUGAGCGUUAACCCGUUCGCUUUGCGGCGUGCGUGCGUCUUGUUAUUGUUGUUCUUUUUUUAGGCAAUUGCCGAAAAUAACCGUUUUGCCAUUCAUCAGCACAAAACAAAAACAAAAACAAAAUCGAGCAAAUAUUCGCGUGUUACUUUUGUGCGACGUUUCUUAAUUUACUGCAAAGUGCUUUGCCGCAAUUUUUCCAAGCAUUAUAGACAGACCGAAUUGUGUGUGGAUUAGUCGUCGAGUGGAUACACAUGUUGCUGAGCAUCAAGAAUUUUAUGGCAAUGCCUGCUUACACGCGACAGCUUGCUCCCACAAACUAAUGCCAAUUCAUUCAUUUAAUUGUGCAUUUUUUGGCUAAACGAGACGGCAGACAGAGCGCCACGAAUGUCGGACGCCAAAUACGAAAGCCAUUGGCAAACUUGGCUAAAACGUAUUUAACCCAAAAUAAAAGUGAGUGCAAGGGAGACCAAACGAGAGAGAGAGAGGGAGAGAGGCAGCUGCAUCUAUUGGACAGACAGUCAACGUCUGGUCACAGCAAAGGCAACUAACCAACAAACCAAACCAAACCACGCCACAGACCAGGCGCACACCGAGGGAGUAAAGCUCCAAAGGGGGCGCAGACAGAGAGACAGCCAGAGAGAGAGAGAUAGAUAGAGAGGAGCAGGCAGAAGGAAGAACAGGCACAUAAUGAGCAGACGAGGGUCGUCGGCAACGGCUAUGGCAAUUACCAUGUCGCCGUCAACAACGUGGCUGCUGGUGCUUGGGCCGCUGCUGCUGCUGGUGCUGCUCGUGCCGACAAAUGGCCUGGCAAAUUGUCCAAAUGGCUGUGAAUGCGAUGACGAAACUCUGAAAGUCAACUGCGGUGUGGGCACGCUCGAUGUGCUGCCCAUCGCACUGAACCCGUCCAUACAGCGGCUGGUCAUUAAGAACAACAAGCUGAAGACCAUCGACUCAUCGAUGCAGUUCUAUUCGCAGCUGACGUUCCUUGAUUUGUCCUACAAUGACAUGGUCACGAUACCAGAGCGCUCGUUCGCGUACCAUGCCAAGCUCCAGGAGCUGCAUCUCAAUCACAAUAAGAUCGGGCAAGUGAGCAACAAAACCUUCACUGGGCUAACCACCAUCACAGUGCUCAAUCUGCGCGGCAAUUUGAUUGCCGAGCUGGAGUAUCGCACCUUUUCGCCCAUGGUGAAGCUGGUGGAGCUGAAUCUCGGCCAGAAUCGCAUCAGUCACAUCGAUCCGCACGCCUUCGACGGGCUGAUCAACUUGAGCAUGUUGUACCUGGACGAUAAUACGCUCACCACGGUGCCAUCGCAGCUCACAUUCCAGGCCCUGCCCGGCCUGGCGGAGCUCUACUUGGGCACCAAUUCGUUCAUGACCAUUCCGGGCGGCGCCUUCCAGGAUCUGUCGGCGCUGACGCGUCUGGACUUGCGUGGCGCUGGACUGCAUAAUAUAUCGGCCGAUGCUCUGAAGGGUCUGGAGGGCAUACGUUAUCUGGAUCUCUCCGACAAUCGGCUGCAGGCAGUGCCCUCGGCCGCGCUGCAGCAUCUGGGCCGGCUCGAGCAGCUGUCGCUGGGUCAGAACGACUUCGAGGUCAUCGCAACGGGCGCUUUUGUCGGUCUGCGUGAGCUGCGCCGCCUGGAGAUCACGGGCGCUCAUCGUCUGCGCCGUGUGGAGAGCGGCGCCUUUGCGGACAACACGAACCUGGAGCACUUGAAUCUGUCGGCCAAUAAGCAGCUCAACGAGCUGUUGGCCAACACCGUGGGCGGCUUUCCACACCUGAGCACCGUCAUCCUGAAGGAGAAUCAGCUGAGCACGUUGUCGGAGAGCCUGUUUCCAUGGUCGGACUUGCAGACCCUGGAUCUCUCCGAGAAUCCCUUUGUGUGUGACUGCCAGCUGAUGUGGCUGCGCAAUCUGCUAAUCAGCCGGAACGGAAGCAGCCAAUACGCCCCCGUCAUCUGCGCCUAUCCGGCCAAUCUGCACGAGCUGCCGUUGACGCAGCUGGCCGAGCCGCUCUUGGGCUGCACCCACGGCGGUGGCAACAAGCAGGCCAUCAUCGGCAUCAUGGUCGUCGGCUGUGCAGCGCUGAUCACCACGCUGGCGCUGGUGAUCUACACGUGUCGUCGUCGCAUACGCGAAAUGCUCAAGGGCCACUCGGCGCUGGGGCGCAAGGAGCGCGAGUAUCAGAAGACCUUUUCGGAUGAGGAGUAUAUGACACGGCCGCCGCCCGGCUGUGGCGGUGUGCAUCCGGCGUCGGGCUAUCCCUGUCCCAGCAGCUACAAUUCGUCGCAGUAUCUGGGCAGCCGGCCGAUACCCGUCACCGAGCUAUAGCUAGAAGCUCCGCCCCCACCUCAGCUGCGGGGUCGGGGCGGUGCCCCCGCCAGUCACAACGGUCCCUCGCCCUUGACAAACUCAGGAACAGCGCUACAGCAGCUGCAAGUGCCCAGCGCCGUCGAUGCAUCCCAUGCGCCAUUUGCCCAACUCAGCCACAUUCACUACAUGACCAACAAUCCACAGACAGGAACAGGAGCCGGAGCAGGAACUGGAACAGGAACAGGAACAGCAACAGGACCAACAACGGCAGCAGCAACAACUACACCGCGCUCACAUCAUUCGCAGCAGGACAUGCGAUUGCUGGCGAAUUGUGGCGGCGUCGGUGGGGGCAAGGCACUCGGCCUAAAUGCCUCGCUGCCACGUCACAUGGCUGCGCGGCAGUGCGGCGUACAGGAGAGCACCCUGUCGCACUAUAGCCAACCGCUUGCCAAUGGCCAUGCCGGCAUUCGGCUAACCCAGGAUCAUUUCAAUCACAAUGGCGCUGUGUAUGCCAAGCCCUGCGAUGCCAUGGCCGAUGCUGGCUAUAUACACAACAAUUCGCAUUAUUCGCUGCCGCUGGACCAUGAUAUGCCGCCGAGUCCGACGCCCACACCGCCGCCGCCGGCGUUGCCGUUGCGCAACGGCAUGGGCAUGGCUUUGGUGCAUGGCAAUACGACCGGCAGGCGUUCCUUCAAUGCCAACAACAACAAUGUGGCAACGCUGUCAAACAAUAACCCAGUGCUGGUCAACGGCAACAGCAACAGCAACAACAAUGGGAGCCUCCGCCGAUAUCACUGAUACACGCUCAAGUCGUGCGGCACCUUGGGCCGCACCAAGCCGCAGCAGCCCAAC